CUUUACUUUCUCAUUCAUAUCAUUUUUGAUGCUCUUUGUGUCACUCAGUCUCACGCACACUAUCAGAAUCUCUUCGCUCUUCUUCACCGAAGUUGACCCCUUCAGUUUUCACCAAAAUGCAGUCCAGUCCGUUGAUCCUCGAGGAACCCAUCCGAAUGGCUUCGAUCCUCGAGCCAUCCAAGCCUAGUUUCUUUCCAGCUAUGACAAAGAUUGUUGGCACACUUGGCCCAAAGUCACGAUCAGUUGACGUGAUUUCCCAAUGUCUUGAGGCAGGAAUGUCUGUGGCAAGGUUUGAUUUUUCAUGGGGUGAUCCAGAAUACCACCAAGAGACGUUGGAAAAUCUAAGGACUGCUAUCAAAAGCACUAGAAAACUUUGUGCGGUUAUGCUAGAUACUGUGGGUCCAGAACUACAAGUUGUCAACAAAACUGAGCACCCAAUUUCCCUUCAGGCUGACACAUCGGUUGUCUUAACUCCUGAUCAGAACAAAGAAGCUGCUUCAAAUCUUUUGCCUUUAAAUUUUAAUGGGCUUUCAAAGGCUGUGAAGAAGGGUGAUACUAUUUUUAUUGGUCAAUACCUGUUUACUGGAAGUGAAACAACCUCAGUGUGGCUUGAGGUCAGCGAAGUGAAUGGUGAUGAUGUCACAUGUGUCAUAAAAAAUUCUGCUACUCUUGCUGGGUCACUGUAUACCUUACACGUCUCACAAAUUCGUAUUGAUCUUCCCACUCUAACCAAUAAGGAUAAGGAGGUAAUAAGCACUUGGGGUGUUCAAAACAAUAUAGACUUCCUCUCAUUAUCAUUCACCAGGCACGCUGAAGAUGUUCGCCAUGCCCGUGAGUUUCUCUCUAAAUUAGGUGACCUCAAACAAACACAAAUCUUUGCAAAGAUUGAAAAUAUAGAGGGAUUGACUCAUUUUGAUGAGAUAUUGCGAGAAGCUGAUGGUAUCAUCCUCUCACGUGGAAAUUUGGGGAUAGAUCUUCCACCUGAGAAGGUGUUUUUAUUCCAAAAGGCGGCUAUUUACAAAUGUAACAUGGCUGGAAAACCGGCUGUUGUCACACGUGUUGUGGACACUAUGACUGACAACCUAAGACCUACUCGCGCUGAAGCAACUGAUGUUGCCAAUGCAGUCUUAGAUGGCAGUGAUGCAAUUGUUCUAGGGGCAGAGACUUUGCGGGGAUUAUAUCCUGUGGAGACUAUUUCCACUGUUGGAAAAAUUUGUGCCGAGGCAGAGAAAGUUUAUAAUCAAGAUAUUUAUUUCAAGAAGGCUGUCAAAUUUGUGGGUGAGCCAAUGACUCAUUUGGAAUCAAUAACUUCCUCUGCGGUUCGGGCAGCCAUCAAGGUUAAGGCUUCUGUUAUUAUAUGCUUUACUUCAUCCGGAAGGGCUGCAAGGCUGAUUGCCAAGUACCGUCCAACCAUGCCUGUGAUAUCUGUUGUCAUUCCUCAACUAAAAACAAAUCAACUUAGAUGGACUUUCACUGGAGCUUUUGAGGCAAGACAGUCACUUAUUGUGAGAGGUCUUUUCCCUAUGCUGGCAGAUCCACGACACCCAGCCGAGUCUAAAAGUGGAACAAAUGAAUCAAUUUUGAAGGUUGCUUUAGACCAUGGCAAGGCUUUUGGUAUCAUAAAGCCACAUGACCGAGUUGUUGUUUGCCAGAAAGUUGGCGACUCCUCAGUUGUGAAGAUUAUUGAGCUUGACGAUUAACCAUGAGUUGUUGGUUGCAUUAUAAGGUUUCUUUGUUUUAGCAUUUUCUGUUGUAUGUUGUAAUCAUAAAAACACAUGAAAGGUCCAUUAAUAAUGUGCAUCACAUUGGAAGAAAUGCACUUGGCGAAUGGAUAUCAUCCAUUCCAAGCAUGCCAACUGAUAAUGACAUGACAUCACAUAGUUAAUCUCGGGUCAGUAUAAAUUGUUCCACUUAAGUAUCUAUCUACUUCCUUUUGCUUGUCAUGUAUUAGCUAAUGGACAAUAUUUUUUACCGACUUGUCACAAUCUAAUCUUCCAACACCAAGACUUUAUUUUGGUCAGAGUUGCUCAAUCAGAAAGGCUGUUGCUUUGAACUAUA